AUGUUUCUAAUGAAAAAACCCACAAAAUUUGAAAUUUUGAUUGCUCAACAAAUUUCGAAACAAUUUGGCGCCAAGAAUUUGAAUUCAAAAAUAUUCUCUCAACCAACUUUUUCCAGGUAGAAGUUCAUUGGCGUGAUCCCAAACUCUGCUCUGGUGCUGAAACUGAAGAAGAUAUCACGCUGAAAAAGUCGAUGAUUCGAUUGUUUUGAAAAAGAAUAUUGGAUUGGUUGAAGAAAUUGCUCGUGAUAAUGAAGAAACUGAAUGUGUUGUUGAACCGAAUGCGGUGAGUUUUUGGACGGUUUUGGAAACUCUUUUUCAAUCUCUUCUCAAUUCCUCAAUUGAGUUUCUGGGUACUUUUUUUGACAGAAAAUCUUGAGAAUUUCCAAAAUUUUCUGCUGUGAAAUUCUGACAAUAAGAGUAUUACAAUAUUUUAGCUCAAAAAUACGGAAAAUCACAAAUUUCUGAAUAUUUUUCAUAUGUUUUUAGACAAAAACUAAACAUUUUCUUCUCUAAAUUGCUCUGAAAACCUAAAAAAUUUACCAAAAACUCAAUUUUUUGAAAUUUUCCUUUUCAAUCUCUUUUCAAUUCCUCAAUUGAGUUUCUGGGUAUUUUCAUUCAUAAAGAUAGUUAUUUAUUUAAAUACAAUUUUUUAUCAUGUUUUUUUCAGAAAUCUGAUUGGGAUCAACACGCCAAACGAUACGGACUUCUUUCAACAAUAAACGAGUUUCAAAAAUCGGUAUGGUUUUUUUCCGGAGUAUUUUAUCUGGCUCAAUUAUUUUUUGUUAAAAAAAUCGGCUGAAUAUUGAAAAAAGUUCUGGUGAAAAUUAAACUAUUUUUUCACAUUUCUCGUACCACCAGUGAGUUCAAUUUUUCAGAACUCGACAGGAUUUGUUCACCAAGUCAGAUUUUGACAAACAAAAAAUCCAAAUCGACUGAAGAUGCGGUAAGUAAUCAAAAAUCGGAUUAAAAUAAAAACUAUAAAAAUUUCUUUUUUCAGAUUCGUCUGCUUCUGGACACUUAUGCAGAGCUCGGAAUUGAAGACAAAACAUUUUCCGAAAUCUCGGAAGAAUCGCAAAAGAAUAUGUUUGGUGGUUUGGAAUAUGUGAGUUUAGAGUGAGAAUACAUGAUUUUGCAAAUUAGUCCUCACAUUGUGAGGAUUAAUUCUGAUUUGAUAGAACUAUUAGCAUUGUAUAUCAGUUUUCAAACCGUUUUUGAAUGCACGUUUUGCUAUUUUUGAAAACUGAUUCUAAAUCAGCGGAUAUUUAUUUCAGUCAAUCAAGACUCACGUGAUUCUUAAAAUUAUUUUGCAAAUAUAUCCCUUAAAAAUGGGUAAAUGUUUCUCUCGAAAAAAAAUACAAAAAAUACAGAAACAAAUGAGAAUGUUACUGUUUUACAGAUUUGGUCCAAAGACUUGUUGUCAAUUUCGAAAAAACGGGCCCAUUUGGAAAUGCUCAACUCAUUAUGCGAAACCAAACAAAACCUGCCCGAAUAUUUGAUAACAAGAGUGAGAAUCGGACUUCAGCAAGAACCACAAAACUGUUUUGAACGGAGGAACGAAAUUUUCAAUACCUGGAGAUGUAAGUUUCUUUUAUCUUUAUGCCACAACGUUUUACUCAGCGUUCGGUGGUGUAAUUACAGCGUAGCUUGGAGCAAUGCGUAAAUACAUAGAUGGUUUCUUGUAAAUACAUGGAUGGAACUAGCAGAAAUGUAAUUACUUUGUAAAUACAAACUAUUUACAAUUUUGCGAUUGCGUAUAAUUACAGCGAACAAUUUGUGUAAUAUCCGUGUAACUAGGGUCUCGCAGCUUUGUCAAUGAGCGAGGCGCCUGUCUGCGUGGCGGCUCAAUGAAAAAUGUGUUUUUUUGGGAAGAUUUUCAAUUUUUUCACUGUUUUCACUGAUUUUUUUGCCGAUUUUUAGCACACCUGACGAGAGAGUGUCCCAAAUUUUUUGUGCAGUGUGAAAAUUUUUUUCAAAAAAAAAUGUGCAGCGUGAAAUUUUCACGUUUUUCGAAAAAAAAAAGUCCGCGGGCAGGAGGAUUCGAACCCUGGUAUCAUGCUCGCCAGUCUAAAAUGCUAACCUCUCGGCUACAUCUCUCUUUUCACCUGAGGGGAAAAUGUUGGUGGAAAGGAAACUGUUUUCAAACGAAUGCGUUGCAACGUUGUUCAAAAUUUGAAGUUAGGAUAACUAAGCUUAGGCUUAACGGAUAUAGUUGAUUUUUUUCCAAUAGAUUGCUAAGGUCAUAGACAGUGUGGAAAACCAUGAGUGCAGUGUGGAAAUGCCCUAUUUCGCUGUUAUUUUGGAGUGUCCAUUUCAAUGGUAAAUAUGGACAUUACAAAGAAUCGGACGGCAUUUUUUCCGAGCACAUAUCAAGGGUUGGUAUAUUCAAAAAGUUGGUGUAUUUUUAAGCGUAGUUUUUGAAUUUACCCAUGUGCAGUGUGGAAUUUGAAGUUUUUUCAUAGAAAGUCAAUUUUUUUGAAAUUUCAGUGACACUAUGGUUUGCUAAGCAGUCACGUAAAUUCCACACUGCACAUUAUGUUACCACACUAAAACAAAGUCUGCUGAGUUGAUUUUCACCGAGAAACUUCGAAAAAUUCGCAAGCUGAAGUUGUUUUUGAAGUUGGGAAAAAAUAAAAAAAAAGUUAGCUCGAAUGAAGAUUCGAACCUGGGCCUUCUGAACACUAGCAAAAUGGCCUACCACUGAACUAAAUGUGCAUUUAUUUCCCCAAGUUAAAUGUUGAUGAAAAGGAAACAAAGUUUUUUUUCGAAAAAAAAUGCAGUGUGACCUUUGAAAAAAAUGUACAGUGUCCAUUUUGGACACGUCUCGUCAGGUGUGAUUUUUAGAUAACUUCAACAGCGAACCGCUUCUCAACCUCAAUCACAACUAGUGUUAUUGUCUGUAUGGGGAUUUCAAACGCGCCUAGGUGAGAAUUCCGAAAAAUGUGGUUUUAAAAUAUAAAUUCAUCAACUUUCAGGUCGCUUUGCAGCAAAUGUUGA